AUGACUUGUUAUAAAACAUAUUAAAUCUAGAUUGAGAAAUUGGAUAAAUAAAGUAAUGAAUGCAAAACCAUAAAAUAUAUGGAAGGAUUGGAGAAGUAAUUCAAAUAAUUGUCUGGAUGCAAACAAGACAUUAAAUUACAUAGUAGAAUGGUAUUUUAAAAAGUUAAAUUGAGUAAUUGA